GCCGUGGCUCCCUGUCUGAUGAACAUGGUGGUGUUGUGUCAGUUUUGUCCAAACAAGCUGCAGCUCUCACCAAAGACCCAACAGACUCUGCGACUGUGUGCCUGGAAUCUGAGUCAGGGAACAUUCUGGUGAGGAGUCAUGGGACCAUCACAGUGGCAGUUCACAAGAUAGCAUCUUGAAGACCACACGACUCACUGGGGAGUUUUAUUGUGAAGAAAUGUACAUGCGAACACACACGAUUAUAAUCACACAAUUUGAAUGAACUUAUGUUUGCAAACAAAAUCUGGAAUUUCUAUUUAUGUUGUGUUUCAUCCCACAUUUAAACAUGCUUGCUAAUUUUCUAAUACCUAAAGUGUGGUGAUUAUUAUUAUUUAUACACAUACCAAUCUGUCAGUAAUGCUAUUUUAUUGCCAUGUAAAGAUUAGGCCCUGAAUCAUGUUAUGUCCAGCCACAUUAAUUCUUUUGUGUGUCUUUUGUUCACAUCUAUAUCCUUCAAUCCAAUCCAACCGAAUACUCUAAAUAAAAUUUAACUUGA